CAAAUGUGUUUGCUAUAUAAUAAGAAGAUAAUGAGACGAGUAAGUUGUGUGAGCUAUAGCAAUGACGAUCCUGCAUUGCACACCUUCCUCACCGAUCUCGAUUCUGGCUCCUCUAAGUUCAGCUUAUGUCCUUGCGGAAGAAGACAUUUCCUAGGAGAUGCUACGACCACGACGCCGUUUCUUCCCAUCCCUCCCUCCCACGCUGCUCAAACUAACUCAUCGGAGGUCUUGAACAAAUUGCGUCCUCCAAAACCAGAUUGGUAUUUCGAGCUCUACGGUUGGUUUAGGAGUUCAGGAAUGGAAAGAUACGAGAAAGAGAUUGCGGGUUACAAGAAGAAACUCUUUAACCAAGUAGGAAACGCAGAAAAGGUUUUGGAGAUUGGUAUUGGAGCUGGUCCCAAUAUCAAGUACUACAACACUCUUCCAAACGUCUCUAUUCUUGGUGUAGAUCCAAACCCUAAAAUGGAAAGCUACGCACGAAAAUCCGCUAUUCAAGCAGGAUUGAAAUCCGAAGACUUCAAAUUCAUUCACGCGGUCGCAGAAUGUAUACCGUUAGAAGAUGCAUCCGUUGACGCAGUUGUCACAAGUCUCGUUAUGUGUUCUGUCACAGACGUCACUCAAACCCUCAACGAGAUAAAGCGGAUUCUAAAACCGGGAGGGCGUUACCUCUUCGUGGAACAUGUUGCAGCUGAAGAUGGAUCAUUUCUGAGGAUGGUGCAAAAUGUGUUGGAUCCAGUGCAACAAGUUGUUGCCGAUGGAUGUCAUCUAACGAGACCAACAGGAGAAUCCAUUAUAAAAGCUGGUUUCAACGGUGGUGUUGAUAUCAACAAGGCUUCUCUUACUAGCUUCUAUCACUUAAGCCCUCACAUCUACGGAGUUGCCUUCUGUCCUUGUGGAAGAAGACAUUUCAUAGGAGCUAUGUCUUCAAUGCCAUUUCUUCCCAUCUCUCCCUCUCACGCUUCUACCUCAACGGACGAUUUGAAGAGAUUACGUCCUCCAAAGCCAGAUUGGUAUGAAGAAUUCUUUGCUUGGUCUAUGAAUACAGAGAUGGAAUCAUAUGAGAAAGAGAUUUCAGAUUACAAGAUGAAACUCUUUGAUAAUUUAGUUGGGAAAGCAGAAAAAGUUUUGGAGAUUGGCAUUGGAACAGGUCCUAAUUUCAAGUACUACACAGCUAUUCCAAACCUUUCUGUUAUUGGUGUUGAUCCAAAUGCUAAAAUGGAAAAUUAUGCGCGCAAAUCCGCUGCAGAAGCAGGCUUGAAAUCCGAAGACUUCACAUUCAUUCAUGCGCUUGGGGAAUCUAUACCGUUAGAAGAUGCAUCGGUUGAUGCAGUCGUGGGGACUCUCGUGCUUUGUUCUGUCACAGAUGUCACUGGGACGCUCAACGAGAUAAAACGGAUACUAAGACCGGGAGGGAUAUACAUUUUCAUAGAACAUGUUGCCGCGGAAGAUGGUACAUUUCUGAGGCUGGUGCAGAAUGUGUUGGACCCAUUGCAACAAGUUGUUGCCGACGGAUGUCACUUGACAAGGCGUACCGGAGAGUCCAUUUUAGAAGCUCGGUUCAAUGGCGGUGCAGAUGAAGUUUCAGAAACAUUUCAUCCUCAAAGGCCAGAUUGGUAUAAGGAGCUUUUUGCUUGGUUCUUGAGCACAGGAAUGCGAUCUUAUGAAGCAGAGAUCGCCGAUUACAAGAGAAAACUAUUCGAAAAAUUGGCUGGUAAAGCAGAAACAGUGCUGGAGAUUGGUGUUGGUACAGGUCCUAAUCUGAAGUACUUUGCUGGUAACGAAAACGUCUGUGUUUUUGGUAUGGACCCGAAUCACAAAAUGGAAAAGUAUGCAAGUGAAUCUGCUAGAGAAGCUGGGAUGAAACCUGAAAACUUUAGAUUCAUUCAAGGAGUAGGAGAAGCUAUACCAUUAGAUGAUGAAUCUAUGGAUGCAGUGGUUGCAACACUUGUUCUAUGUUCUGUCUCUGAUGUCACUCAAACACUCAAUGAGAUCAAGCGGGUGCUAAAACCGGGUGGUAUUUUCCUAUUCAUCGAGCACGUAGCGGCUAAAGAUGGAUCUAUUUUUAGGCAUGUUCAGAAUGUAUUGGAUCCAGUACAGCAAGUAGUUGCAGAUGGAUGUCAUUUGACAAGAAACACCGACUUAUACAUUUCGGCUGCCGGUUUCGAUGGUGGCACUGAGAUCAACAAUACGGCAAUCUAUAGCUUCCCUUGGAUUAUAAGACCUCAUGUCUAUGGAGCAGCGUACAAGUAAUGUUUCUUGCUUAAUAAUAUAAAGAGUCAAAUAUUGACUUCAUUUUUCUGUUUAUGCAAAUUGAUUCCCAAUAUUUGAAACAUUUUGCCACUCUUUGUUGUAGUAAGACAAGACUUUAUGUUGAGUUUGUAUGUACUGGACUACUGGUUGCCUUUGUUGGGUAAAUUUGUGAACUUAAAAGGGUCAAGUUUGGGCUAAGAUUUGUGAGACAAUCAAAAGCCCAUGAUCAU